GAGGAAAAAUGGAAAAUGAUUAUUUAAAUGAUUGAUGACAUUCUUUGAAAGUUUGACGUGACACCAACUUCAACUUCAAUCGGUUUUCUUUUUAUUUAGAAAUGGGGUAAAGAAAAAGGUUUAGAUCGAAAUUUGUAGAGUACAGUAAACGAUGAAGAAGAAGAAAACACAUUAUCAAAAGGUGGUCAUUCCUAAAGGCAUGAUCAAUCCUGGUGAGACUACCAUCAUCGAAAUACCCGAUUUACUUCAACGACAACCGGUUUUAAUUGCGAAUAAACGAAUCGAUAAUGUAUCAUCGAAAUUUCAACCGUCGGCGUCGUCCAGUUUUUCUCAUAAAGGGAUAAUGACUUCAAAUAAACAGAAUUAUGUUGGUCAAACUGAAAAAGUUCCAGAUUUUACCCCUCCGGUUAUUGAUGAAGAAGAAUCCUUUCUAAAUAAAACAAUUCCCCUUGGAAAUUCUACGAUGUAUCUAAGUAGCAACACAAACGACUUAGACGCAACGGAGUACAAGGAAAAACAAAUUAUGGAAAAACGUUUAUUAAAAUUCCAACGUGCGAGGAGAAGACUUUUUGAAAGAACAGCCCCCAUCGCUGAUGACACCGAUGAUGAUGAAGAUGACGAAUCAUUAACUUGGUGUGUCGAUCUUCCGAAAUCUUCAAACAUCCGAAUGGUUCCGAAAAUGUCUAAGCAAGAUAAAAAAAUUUCAUGUAAUUUUAAUUCUUCGAAAAAUUCAAUUGCUACAGCAAAUUUCUCGAAUUCGCUUACAAGUUCUCAAGAAUUUAUUCAAGAAAGAAUUCGCGAUUAUUGGUCGGCGAAUUGUGGUUCGCAAUGUGAUACUGAGCCCCCUGCUUUGCAAAUGCAAUGUUGUCCUCAAAAAUAUACUAGUAAUAAGAAGUCGUCGGUGAAAUUGUUUCCGGAAUGCACUUCAUAUUUAUGCAAUUCAUCGGAUUGUCGAGGAUCGAGAAAGCCAAUGGCACCAAAAAAGAAAUUAUAAAUUAUUUUUUCUUCUGAUUUUCUGUGAUCUUCUUUGACUCGUUUAUCUUGUUGGUGAUGAGAGUGUUGGUUGCCAGGAGUAGGUGUUUUUGAUUUUUAAUCUUAGUAAUAACACGAUUAAUUGUGGGUUAAUUUUUUUUUUAUUUUGAUUGUAGGAAGAAAUGUGCAAAAAAGGCCAAGGUGAACAAACGAACUAAAUCGAAACCACGGUUAUAAGAUGUAAGAUUCUUUCUUUUCAGAAAGGCAUUUUUUGGUUUUUUCUAAAUACCUUUUUUCUUUUCC